GUUACUUCACUGCCAUUUUGUAUCGCUACAGUCUGGUCAGACGAAGUUGGUCGUGAAGGAAGAAGGAAGCAUCAAAUGCGGUUUUCGUGCUAUACGUUAGCUGAAUUUUCAUUUUAAGUGUGGUCUAGUUUGACUUUUGGGAUAGAUAACGUCCUUAGUGGUCGAUUUAGCGUUUUUCUUGUAAACACACAGUUGACCUCCGUGUUGGACUUCAUCUUGUUUACAUUAGCUUUCCUGUAGCAGCGCCGCUAGCAGACGCUAACGACCUUACUACAGCUAGCUUAGCUAGCCUACACCAACUGCCCUGGCGUUAGCUUAGCCACCUAACGCAAGCAUCAAUCUGUGCCGAAAUGGCGGCCAACGCGACACAGGCAAAUCCUACAUCUAACUGGUCCUAUGGUUCUGCUGGAGAUGGACAGGUUCACGAAAACCCAGAAUGGGAGAAAGCGAGGCAAGCUCUGGCGUCCAUAAGCAAGAGUCAGAGCUCUGCCAAGACCACUCAAGCCAGUCGAACCAUAGCAGAGGCUGGUCAGUUCCAGCCAGUCGCGACAGACUCUUCUGCUCUUCAGCAGCAACAGCAGUACUAUCCAUGGUACCAGCAAACUCAGCAACACUAUCCUGGAUACUCAUACCCCUAUAACUAUUAUUAUCAUAUGGCUCCAUUUGGAGCCACCUACCCUCCAAAUCAGUAUGGUGUACCCCAAGCACCCUAUCCAGGAACACCAACUUCUAAUGGACAGCCUCCUCCAGUACCUGGAAUGGAAGACCAGUCUCCCACCUACCCUUCUCAGCCCCAGCCCCCACCUCCUGCUACACCUCAGCCACCCCACAGCCCAACCACCUCAGAGAACCCCCCUCCUCCCCCACCCCCACCCAUUCCUCCCUCACCCAAUUCCCAGUAUCCCCCUCCUCCAUCACCAAAUGCCUACAGUACCAGCAACUCCAUGCCCUAUCCACCAGGUGACCCCAACCAAAUGCAGGUCUAUAAUCAUUCCCAGGGCUAUAGCCAUGGCUUCCAGGGCCAAAACAGUUAUCAGCCCCCUCAGAGUAAUUCCCAGCAGCAGCCGGGCCAGUAUUUACCAGGGAUAGGCAGAGGUGAGGCCAACAAAACCAAAAACCAAGGACAACAACUGUGGCACCGCAUGAAACAGGCACCUGGGACAGCUGCUGUAAAGUUUAAUAUUCCCAAAAGAUCUUAUCAAGUUCAGUGUUCUCCAGCCUCCAAUCAGACCUUUCCUCCGGGCGAGCAGCCUUCGGGACUAAAUCCAACUCCUUCAUCCCCAGCUACUGCCAGUGCUGCACCUGGAAGUGGUCAGACACGGCCCCAGGACUGGCCUCAAGCCAUGAAGGAAUACGUGCAGCGCUGUUUUACUGCCUGUGAGACCGAGGAGGACAAAGAUCGCACAGAGAAGGUGUUGAAAGAAAUCCUACAGGACCGAUUAAAGGAUGGCUCUGCUUACACUAUUGAUUGGGCUCGUGAAGCAUUGCCAGAACUAAAAGCCAAGCAGUCUCGUUGGGAAACUGUGCCACCCCAGAGAGGAUCGGAUAGCUCAAUUAGUCGUGGUGGAAGUACAGCGGCAACAGCUUCUCGAGGCAGGGGAGUUGCACACAGAUUAGGCAACUACAGAAAUAUAUUUUCUCAAAGAAGUCCAUCUUCAAGUUCUUCCCGUUCUUCCUCCCGGUCACCCUCUCCUUCUCAUGGACGUAACCGGGACCGCAGCAGCCAAAGACAUAGACGAAGUGAUUCUGGCUCACAGUCAGACAGUAGUAUAUCUAGUGACCUACGACCUCAGCGCUCGAGACGAGGUCAAAAAGGAGCACGUGGUCGUGGUAAUAACAGGGAUAGAGGCCGAGGUGGUGGAGAGAGAGGCCGAGGAAGAGGAAAAGCUAACAGAGGAAGACGCAAUGCCGAUGAUUCCGGUGCAGCUGUUGGGAAAAAGAGGAAAGGUGGGAAUGCUGGUCUGGAUUUUCAUGACCCCAACAGAGAAGCCAAGAAGCAAAGCAGAGCAGCUCGUUUCCAUAAGCAACUUCGUUCAGAGCCCCUGGUUCUUUCCAUCAAUUCUUUGGACCUGCCUGAUGGAACACAAGAGGCCCUCAGUUGGGAGGAUUGCCCCAUUGUGGGAACAUGUCAAGACAUCACUAAGCCUUACCUGAGGCUUACAUGUGCCCCUGACCCCUCCACUGUCCGCCCUGUGUCGGUGCUAAAAAAAUCUCUUCAGGCUGUGAAAGCCCAUUGGAAAACUCACCAGGACUACACCUACGCCUGCGAACAAAUGAAGUCUAUACGACAGGACCUGACGGUUCAAGGAAUUCGAACGGACUUUACGGUCGAAGUAUAUGAGUGCCAUGCACGCAUUGCUCUGGAGAAGGGAGACCAUGAAGAGUUCAACCAGUGCCAGACCCAGCUGAAGGCCCUGUAUAAGGACAACCCAUCAGAGAACAUAGGAGAGUUCACAGCAUAUAGAUUGUUGUAUUACAUCUUCACUAAAAACUCUGGUGAUCUGACCACAGAGUUGGUUUAUGUCACUCCGGCGUUAAGGGCAGAUCCUUGUGUGGCUCAUGCUCUAGCUCUCCGUGCUGCCUGGGCAUUAGGCAACUAUCAUCGUUUCUUUAAGCUCUACCUGAAAGCCCCUCGCAUGGCUUCAUAUCUCAUUGACAAGUUUGUAGAAAGGGAAAGAAAGAUUGCACUUCGGGCCAUGGUCAAAACAUUCCGGCCUGACUUGCCAGUUCAGUGUGUGCAGUCUGCCUUAGGUUUCCCCUGUUUAGAAUCCUGUAUGACCUUUCUUACUGGGUUAGGUGUCGUCUUUGCCCCCUAUGAUCCCCAAAAGAUAGACUGCAAAACCAGCACAGCCUGUUUGGCUGCCUCCUGAGAGGGUGGGGGGUUAAUACAUUGUUAAAGGACCGUAACGUGGCCCGUUACAUUUUGAAUGCAUUGCACUUCAGACAUCUCUGCAAUUUUAGAAGAAAGUGUUUACAUUAAACCCUACAGAAAGCCCUUUGAGAAAGCCACAUGUUAGCAAGCCCUAUGUUUUCAGGCGCAGUAGUGGGCAGACAUUUAGACAGUACAACACCCAUGAUAUUUCUCAAAAUUCACAAUGGCAAAAACAGUUUAGAAUUUGGAAUUUUCAGCUCUAGGCAUCACAUAACAGUUAAAAAAAAUCAAGUGUCCUCAUGGUUCCUUUAACAACGUUGGAUGUCAAAGCUAACAGUAUUCUGUUAUGUUUUUCCUUCCUCAAGUCAACAGCUCCAAGACCUUGAAGAUUCAGGGCUUUUUGAUGAAAAGGCAGUUUCAAAUGGAACAAAGUGAGUUAUCCAGUCGCCUGCUGCUGAAGUCAAGUCAAAGUUAGCGUUCCUUCUUAAGAGACUGAGACGACACUGAAAGAUGAUGCCAGCGCUUUAUCUGAAAGAAGAAGAGGAGGUGGUUUGUAUGUCCUGCCCUCCAUCUGGUUUCCUUGCAGCUAGUAGUUCUUCCUGUUGCUCGGCCUCAACCCUAUGGCCUGUGAAAGCGUGGACUAAAGUCGAAAGUUUGCUUCCUGAUUUAGAAACGUAUUUUAUUAGUGAUCACAGUUGAUGGAUGGAUGCCCGGCAUUAGGAAGAAGUCUUAUUCUGACGAGCAUUGACUGUGUAUGACAAAGGACACAAGCAGUGUCCUCUUGUCGAGUUCAUUUUCUGACCCGUCCACAACUUGGAACCUCAGAUCUUCAGAGAAUGGCCAGAAGCAAAGAGGGAAUCUGAUUCCAGUGCAGUCCAGUUACCACAGCAACGAGUGCCAUCAUGAAGUUCACAUUUUUUCCUCCCUCAUCUGUCAGCAUCUAAAUUCAGAACUAUCCAAGUACAGCUGAAAGUGAGUUGUCUGGUGGAGCACUGAGGGAAACCUACUGCUUCUGCACAAAGGAAUAAGUGGUUUGUAUGCUACAUUUGGCUGCGCUUCAAGGCUGGUAAGAGAAACUUAAAGGACUUUUGUGGAGGCGGAUGAUCACACAACAGAGAUGGUAGCUUACACAACUUUGUUCUGUAUUCAAUUUUUUUUUGAGACAGCAGUAUUGGCCUUCUGACAAAAACACAUUAUGUAGCUACAAACAGUUUAAUAAUUUAUUUAGAUUCAUAUUGGAAACAUAUAAAUCAAUCAGUCAAUAGCCAUGAAAUGUGACAAACUGCUAAAAGAUGUCAUGCUACUUUUUUAAAACUUUGUUUCACAGGUAUAUGCUGCUGUCUGAAAAUCUAAGUAUUUACACUGAAACUACUUUUUAAACUGAAGGCGACUGAGAAAAGACAGGUUUAGUUUUUUCCCAGUAGGCAUGAAAUUAUUUUCAGGAAUAAGAACUGCAGUUAUAGCUUAACAAUUGAAAUUGUAGUGGAGUCCUCAGGUUUGAUUUGGGUUGAUGUCAGUAGGUUUGUGCUUUUCCGCAUCUAGUUAAUUAGUGGUGGUGCAUAUUGUCAUGACAUUGUCAGCUCAUAAACACCAGAAACUGUAAUUGUCAUAAUCUUCAACUCCAUGUGCUCAGUAAUUAGGCCUCUGACAGAUUGACCAUAUAAAAAUGCUGAUUAACAUUGUUCCUUCACAGUAUUCAUUGUGUUGUAGACAUACUAAGCCUGGUGUAUUAAGACUAUGGUGUAACUCAUGGCAUUACGCAACAGGCUUCUGUACAAUCUACAUAUUUGUCUACAUAGUGUAUUUUUGUAAAUAUUGUACAUUGCACUGAUUUACUUCUGAUUCGGAUUUAUUUCAAUAUUCAGAAUUAAUUCAACAUAUGGGUAAGUGGGAUUCUUUGUCUUGGAUUCCAUAAAACUCUUAAGACUAUUUAUGUGAAUAUGUAAAUCUAAACAUUGGCAAGUCUGAAGUGAUGGUGUGCAGUGCAGAUAGUGGGAGAGUUAGGAGUGUUAAAUUUUCAUGGUAUAUUGAUGUAGUUGUCCCACAUUCCCAGAUGUUAUGCUCAAAUUCAUGUUAUGCACCAGUUGAUUGUUGAACAUGUCUAUCGCAUCAACAAUCACAUCACCACAUUUGUCAUACUGAUAAACCUGGAUAAUCACAUUUGUUUUUGUCUGUUCAGCGUCAGUCGUAAAUGCAAACCUUUCUGUGACAAUGAUCUCAAUAUGUUUUCUUUUUUCCCCCUCCUCCUCUUCCUGACCCCCUGUCCUCUGCUCUUCCCUCUUCCUGAACCUCUCACACACCACCAGACUUCUCAUUCUUCAGCUCGUAGCUCUGCUACACUGCAGGAGCACUUGGAGCGAUCAGUGGGUGAACCUCCUCCAGACGCCAGCCAGAGUGAAUUGUGAGCAAGUCCAAGCCACACAGCUGAUAAAAUUCAUGGGAGCCUGACAUAUAUUAAAAUGUUAAUGUCUAUUGUGAUUUGCUGCUAACCCAACAAUUUCACAAUGUGUGUUACAUGAUCCUUAAUGUUUAAACAAGAAAACCUGUUUUCUGUGUGUCCAGAUGCAUUUGAAUUUUUUUACAACUGCAACUUUUGGCUGGUGAAAUUGGUUGAGAUUUUUUUUAGGGCAGCAAAGUAAUUAAAGCAUUUUGCUUAAACAUAAUUAUGUAAUAAUCAAAUUAUAUUUGCUUUAGUCAUUACAGCCUAGUUCUGAGAUCAUCUAAAAUGUGUCUGGAUAUACAGACUGUAUUUUUCUUCUACACAGUAACUUUUGUUUUUAUUUUAUUUCUUUUCGUAUUUAGGCGAUUAAGAUUCACUCGACAAGUGCUGGUGUGUGCUCCCAAGCUAAGAGUUAACGUUUGGUUUCCUCCCAUGAUGAGCUUAUUGACUGACCGUUGUAUGUUUGGUGUGUGUAUAAGGCUUUUUACACAGGGUACAAGUGUGUUGUCUCUGGUGAAACCGCUCAGGAAUGUUGCUUAAUUUUCAUUUACAGUAGAAAUUUCACCCCAGACAACUAAAACUCUUUCAUUUGGAUGUUUUUUUUCCUCCAAUGUCAUGUUUUCAGUAUUUUUUGCUCCCAUGUUACUAUGUACCUCCAUUGGUCUUUGUAAUUUCUUCCUCAAUAUUUCUCACUGAUAAAGCUCCCACAUUCUUCACUUUGACUCAUCUUCAGUUGUUUUUCCCCCUCUUCUCACAUCUUACUUUCUCUCCCCUGCAUGGUGUCCUCUCCUGAACUUUACUAUCGAUCUUGAACCAGUAUACGUUCUUCUUUUCAUUCUUUUAUGUUGAGUAUGUUUGUGACAUUUGCCGUGUGCAACUAGUCACUCUCCCUAGUAAGUAUUGUCUGCAGUGCUUUAAUAGUUUAUGUUGCAGCUCACUAACAACUGAAGCUGAAGGUUUCUGCAAUACCACCUCCCUAUCCUUCAUUUCCUACUCCCCCACAGAUCUGACAUUAUAAACUGCCAAUUUGUAAGAGAAGAUUGUGUAAAUACUGUCUUUUGAAAAAAAUCCUAAUAAAAUUCAACUAUACAGAAAA